AUGUGCGGCAUCUAUGCUGUCAUUUACACAGCUGGACAAUGUCCCAUCCCGUCUGCCACCCUACAACGUCGCCUCCAGAAUCGCGGCCCCGAUCACCUGGGCACGGUCACGACCGGCCUGGGCGGAAAUGACGCGAUAUCGUUGUCAUUCACUUCGACGGUGCUUUCUUUGCGAGGGGAUCAUGUCACAAAACAGCCGCUCGUCGACGACACCACCGGCUCUGUGCUCUGCUGGAACGGAGAAGCAUGGGAGCUCGACCGGCAGACAGUCCAAGGUAAUGACAGUGAGGCUGUUCUGUCCUUGCUGAGCGUGGCGAGUCACCGUUCCUUGAAGGAUGAUGGAAGAGGCGUGCUUGACGCGCUUCGUGGAAUCCGUGGCCCCUUUUCUUUCAUUUAUUUUGACAAGCCCGCGAAGCGUCUGUACUAUGGGCGAGAUCGUUUAGGACGGCGGUCCUUGCUGGUCCAGCCUGGAAGCCCGUUUCUUCUGGCGAGCAUAUCUGACUCUCUCAACUCUGGAUGGAGUGAAGUUGAAGCAGAUGGGAUAUACACCCUACAGUUCAGCCACGAGGCUGUUGCACUGGAGGACCUGGUUCACGCCAAGCACGACUGGGUCGAGAAUACCUCGCUAGUAUCAGGAAUCGGCGCCUUCAACAGCUCGAUUCCGCUCGAACCCUUCCACCUCACCUCGCAGUCUGGCGUCGUGGCCCAGCUCCGCCAGCUUCUCACCGAGUCCUUGCAGCUGCGAGUGCUCCAGGUACCCAUACCGCCCAAGGCUUCAUCCACGGAUGCCAGAAUAGCCGUCUUGUUCUCCGGGGGGCUGGAUUGCACCGUCCUGGCUCGUCUCGCAAGUCAUGUACUGCCGCCGGACCAGCCCAUCGACCUGAUCAAUGUUGCCUUUGAGAAUCCUAGACUUGCAGCCCAGAACAAGGGUGCCUCUCAAGAUGAACUGUUCGCAUCGUGUCCAGAUCGAAUCACCGCAAGAAAGUCGUUUGCUGAAUUGCUCGCUGUUUGUCCCUCGCGCAAGUGGCGUUUGGUCGUCGUAAACGUACCAUUCUCGCUAGCCACAGAACAUCGCGCCGAAGUCAUUGACCUCAUGCAUCCUCACAACACGGAAAUGGACCUCUCCAUCGCCUUUGCCCUCUACUUUGCCGCGAGGGGCUCCGGGCUUGGCCAGACCAGACUGGUUACACAGCCAGAGCCGUACGAGAGCACCGCUCGGGUGCUCAUUUCUGGUCUGGGCGCAGACGAACUCUUUGGAGGCUACGUCCGGCACCAGAAAGCAUUCAACCUCCGCGGUCACGCUGGACUCGUUGACGAGCUCAGACUCGAUCUAAAACGUUUGGGCAAAAGAAAUCUCGGACGGGACGACAGGGUGAUGGCUACCUGGAAGCGAGAAGUGCGCUUUCCCUACCUCGAUGAAUCAUUGGUAAAAUGGGCUAUGGAGCUCCCUGUCUCCCAUAAAUGCGGGUUUACAAACGACGGCGUGGACGACAGCUGCAAUGGGACACCUGAGCCGGGAAAGCGGGUGCUGCGUUUGCUUGCCGAAGAGCUAGGCAUGAACGUCGUGGCAAGGGAGAAGAAACGUGCCAUUCAAUUCGGUGCUAGAACAGCCAAGAUGGAGAACGGCAAGGUCAAGGGGACCACUCUCAUAUGCCCAUGA